CCGAUGGUUGUCUUGACAACGUCUACACAGCACAGCAGACAGUCACAACCGGAGACAGCCUGGUGAGAGCGUUAACACAAAUACUGAGGAAAUUUCUCCGUUUUUCGUUUAAAAGUUUUUAUAGGUGCGCUUUCAUCACAAAUUCUGAACACAAUAAACAUACUCGAGCACAUUUAACAAAGUGUGAUGGAAAACAAUACUUUGCACCAAGACUCAGACGAUGCUCAAAGCUUGAUGGUCAAUGAAGACAAUAAAGAUGAGACAACAGCCCAAGCUGGAGGAGAAUCUGCAGAGGAUCCUGCAGAAAUGAUGGUUUCACCUGUAAAAGACAGAAUGGAAGAAGAUAAAUUUAUAGAGGAAAACAGAUCACACAGCACUGUGUCCGAAGCAGAAGCGAAAGAGCAGUUUGUCUUUAACGAAAAGGGCACACAAAUACUAAUAAAUCCCCCCAGGGAUAUAGGCUCACAGACAGACACCACAAUUCAUUGCACCUUCUCUGCCAAUGCUAAUCAGUGGGUGAUUUAUGAUGCUUACGAUGAAGAGCUUAAGAAAAGACAAGAGCAGGAGGGUGGACACCUACCCAAGGAAAACACUGACACAGACAGAAAGAAAACACUGCUGAGGAGAACCAAGAUUGAGGACAUCUCUGACAAACUCCGUAAGUCAUGCAAGAUAAUGGAGCGAUCUGUUGUUCAAAACAACCACUGGGACAUCGCAAUAGAUUAUAAAUUCUAUGAGGAUCCUGCUGAUGAGUUUACAGGCCAUGAGGGAACCCUGCUGCCUUUAUGGAAUUUCAGAUACAGUGGAGCCAAACACUUGAUGGUUAAUGCCCUCUGCUGGAAUAGGCGAUACUUGGACAUGUUUGCUGUCGGACUGGGAACUGAGAACUACUCUGAUCGGCAGUGUGGUGGCAUGCUUCUGGUGUUCUCACUGAAGAACCCUACUUACCCAGAGUAUGCCUACCAAACAGAUUCUGGCGUCAGGUGUCUCGAUAUCCACCCGCAACAGUCUUACUUGGUGGCAGUAGGCUUCUAUGACGGCAACGUGGCCGUUUACAACUUGAAGAUGGAGAAACCGGAACCUAUGUGCGCGUCCACACCCAAAACCAAGAAGCACAUGGAUGCAGUCACACAGGUUUGCUGGCAGAAAGAUGACAUAAACAACAACCAAAAUUUCUACUCUGUGUCUCUUGAUGGCCAUAUCGUGUCCUGGACACUAGUUAAGAAUGAGCUGGCUUUUGCCGUCAAAACCAAACUGUCACGGCAAAAUCCUUCCAUGGAGGGAAGAAGAAAUAAAUUCGUCAAAGAGGUCCUCUCCAAAGUUUCUUGUACAUCAAUUGACUUCCAUAAAGAAAUUCCCAAUCUGUUCAUAGUGGGAACCCUGGAUGGCAAAAUACUCAAGUAUUCUAUGACAUGCACUGGGCAUCCCAUGGAGACCUAUGAUAACCACUAUCCAGUUAGCGCUGCUAAAUGGAACCCCUUCCAUCCAAAGGUGUUCAUCUCCUGCAGUUACGACAUGACUGUGAAGAUCUGGGACCAUACCAUCCCUUCUCCAAUUUACAACAUUGACCUGAAAGACCCCGUUGAGGACAUUGCAUUUUCGCCACACUCCUCUACUGUGUUUGCUGCUAUGACCAAAAGUGGAAAAGUUUGCUUUUAUGACGUCAGCAUCAGCAAAUACGAGGCUAUCUGCCAGCAGGAAGUGGUGAACAGAAAGAAAGGCCAGUUGACCAAACUGGAGUUCAAUCCCACUCAUCCCAUCAUCGUAGUAGGGGACGAAAAAGGCUGCAUCCACAGCUUCAAAAUGUCCCCCAACCUCCGCAAAAGACCCAAGAACAAAGAGGGUCAGGUACUCCCCUUAAAUCCACAAGAAGAAGUCAGCAAAAUGGAGAAAUUUCUCAUCUCCAGACUGAAUGAACGGCGAAGUGCAAAGUGAUGCCGCUCCUCUCCCCACGGCAGCAGUACGGUGCAUCCAAAGCUUCCCUCUCAAGAAACGGCGACGUCUUAUCCAGCUGCCUGUCACACUCGUCUCUCAUUUCUGCCUCCGAUCUGCUCCGAUGCAUCACACAUGACAGGCUCUGGCUGCAGGAGCUUCCCGCCAGCAGAGACACAGAGGGGAGGAGCUGUGUCGGACGAUGGUGAUACUACAUAGAGGAGGCUGUGGAUGUAACUGUACAGGAGAUUAACACAAGUUUUGAGUCACAGAUCAGAAAGAGGAUGAUUUAUUUCAGCUGUUUGGCAUAAAAAAGCAGAAAUGUUCAAAAUGUGUUUGUCAAAAAGAUGUUGGUUGUACUUCUAAGCUUCUUAGAUUCAUGUGGCUCUACUCAGAUGGAGGUUUUAUCACAAUAGAAAUAUCUGGCAGUGCUACACCCUCAUCUCAGCUUUUGACAGGGUGAUGUAAAUCAACUUUUUAUUUAUUUAUUUUUGGGGGAUGACUUUGGUCAUUAGCUAAAACCCUAAAUCACCAAAAAAAUGAUCUCAAUAAUUAAUCUUUCAGCACAAAAAAACCUCUAAAAAAACGUGUUUCUGAUCUUUUUGCUGCUGAUAUUUGUUUCUAAGUGAUGCCUGAUCAUUUUCUUUCACAGUACGAGAGGCAUGUUUGAGCUUUAGGGCUCUCUAGAGGCAGGAAAUAUUAAUACAGGGAAGAAAAGAACUGAUGGAAAUGACUGGAUUGACCUUUAAACUGACUUUUUUUAAUUUAGAAAAAAAACUAUUCUGUCUGAGCAUUUUUAAGCCCUUCAAAAUAAGAUGUAAAAUCGGAUAAUUUUGAUGAAUUAUUUUUGUGUUCCCAAAAUAUUGAAUUUUAUUGUCCUCCCGCAUUUUUGCAAAAAUAUUUUGUGACAGAAGAUUGUUGAUUUCUAAUGUUUUUUUUUCUUAUUUUUGUGUUUCUUUUUUUUUUACUUAAGCUGAUUUAUUAGUUCAAAGGGCUCCAGGGGGGUUGAUACCAUUGAUAUAUCAAUAUAUCAAUGGUUGAUACAGUGUCCCCAUAACCAAAUGUUUUGUCCCACAGUAAAAUAUUUAUUCAAAAUGGUUUUCUCUGAGACAUUUCUAGAGAUGAUUUAUUCUUCUUGAUAUGAAAAUGUUCUUUGUUUGAUCUUUUUUUUUCUUCGUAAUUUCCUUUUACAAACAACUCUUGACAAUCCGUGUGUGCUGUGUGUUUUUGUACAUGUACACAAACACAGUGUAAAAUUGUAUCAAACACUCACCUGUUUGUGACAUAUCUUUGAAAUUUGGUGGUAAUUUGAAAAUGUUCUUUUUUUGUUUACUAUCACAGAUGUUUCUUGUCCUGAGGCCAUUUUUUUCUGACUGCAGCUCCACAUGAUCCUCCUUUAGCAUCAGGAUAAAAUUCUUUCUUUAUUUCACACCUGGGUGUUCUUUACAUUUGAAAUAUUCCUAAAAAUGACAAAGAUGUUAAACAAUCUUAACUUUGAGCCCUGAUUUUGUCAGUUCCACUUUGCUGUGACGCUUUACCUUAAACAAGGGGCCAUAUUUUCUUAAAUGGUCUAUUUUUGGAUGCAACAAAGCUGUUCUUUUCGGAUUUUGUGAUAUUGUUUAAUACAGAUAAAAUGUUGGAGAAAAAGUGUUUUAGAAAAAUGACUGUAAACAUUUGUUUGACUCAAUAGUAACAAAUAAAACAGAUUUUCUCACAAA